AUGGAAAUUGUUAUCUCAGUGACACUAUUGUUAGUGGGCAUAGCUGUUUUAGUAAUCAUUCAUGUGUGUAUUGUGAGUAGAGCUUUCAGAAGAAAUACUACUACAAAUGGAGUUGGUGGAGCUGUUGUUCACAGAAAUGCUAGAAGAAGUCCAAGCAUGUCUGAAGAUGAAAUCAAGAAAUUGCCCAGUUUUGAUUACAAUAUUAGCAUUGAGGAAGAAAGAGAGGAUAGCAACAGCAGCAGCAGAAGCAGAAGCACUCUGGAAUGUGCCGUGUGUUUGGAGAAUUUCAAGGAAGGUGAAAAGUGCAGAUUGUUGCCAAAAUGUAAUCACUGUUUUCAUGCUGAUUGCAUUGAUUCAUGGUUGGCAAAAACAGCAGCUUGCCCAGUUUGUAGAACAGAUGCUGCCAUUUCACCCGAAAUAGAAAGUCAACACAGAAAUAUUGAUGAUCAGAUGGUGCUUGGAGUUGAAUUGACAUAA